UACUAACGGGUCCACACCAUUCUCUUCUAACUAUUUAAAUACCCCCAACUUUGAUAACUCUCGUUUCUAUCUCAUUCCUCUCAGAAUUCUUGAGAUCCCCCACACUCUUAAGCUCUCAACUUAAAACCCCUAAACCAAAGUUGAGAUUAAAGCUCACAGAAAUUCAAGAAAAAAAUAAUGGAAACAGAGAGCCAAAGCCCCUCAAGCACUUGGCAUGGUUAUGUUGAUUGGAAAAAUAGGCCUGCACUCGCUAAGAGACAUGGUGGUUUACGUGCUGCUUCCUUUGUCUUAGUUGUGGAGGUGCUGGAGAAUUUGGCAUAUUUGGCAAAUGCAAGCAACUUAGUGCUCUACUUGUCUGAGUACAUGCAUUUUUCGAUAUCAGAAUCAGCAAAUUCUGUGACCAAUUUUAUGGGCACAGCUUUUUUACUGGCACUUCUUGGUGGAUUCUUAUCUGAUGCCUUUUGCACAACUUAUUACAUAUAUAUCAUCAGUGCACUCAUCGAAUUUCUGGGGCUAGUGGUACUCACCAUACAAGCUCGUUCAGGGUCGUUGAAGCCACCAACAUGUGAUCUUCAAGCAUCGCCUAAUGUGCCUUGUGAACAAGUUCACGGUGCACAAGCUGCAAUGUUAUUCAUAGGACUCUACCUAGUGGCAUUGGGCGUAGGAGGUAUAAAGGGAUCGUUGCCACCCCACGGUGCUGAACAGUUUGAUGAAGCAACCCCACAAGGAAGAAAGCAAAGAUCAACUUUCUUCAAUUACUUUGUGUUUUGCCUCGCGUUUGGAGCUCUCAUUGCUGUAACCUUUGUGGUUUGGGUGGAAGACAAUAAGGGUUGGCAGUGGGGAUUUGGAAUCUCAACACUUGCUAUAUUUUUUUCGAUACCAAUCUUCCUUGCCGGUUCGCCAUUCUACAAGAACAAGAUACCUUGUGGAAGCCCUUUUACAACAAUCAGCAAGGUUCUAAUUGCUGCAUUGCUAAAUUCUUGUGCAUCAAGAAACUCAACAAGUGCUAUAGCAAGUAUGGCUUCAAGCCCUUCUCCUCCAAUUCCAACCGGCAAAGAAGUUGGCCAACGUUCAAACAGCAAAGGUGUAGAAUUAAUUGAGACUCCAUCGACAAGUCUUAGCUUCCUUAAUCGGGCUAUUUCAGACACACCAGCUUGUGGUGCACUAAAAUGCUCACUGCAACAAGUGGAAGAAGUCAAGAUUGUGAUGAAAAUCCUCCCGAUUUUCGCCUGCACAAUCAUGCUCAACUGCUGCCUUGCUCAACUCUCUACUUUCUCAGUCCAGCAAGCAGCCUCUAUGAACACAAAGAUCGGUUCUUUAAAAGUCCCACCGGCUUCACUCCCCAUUUUCCCUGUAGUGUUCAUCAUGCUCUUGGCACCAGUUUACGAUCACUUCAUCAUCCCAUUCGCUCGUAGAGUAACCAAAACAGAAAUGGGAAUCUCUCACCUCCAACGCAUUGGUAUCGGUUUGUUCCUCUCCAUCGUGGCCAUGGCAAUCGCAGCCCUUGUUGAAAUCAAGCGCAAAGGAGUAGCUACCGACUCAGGACUAAUCGACUCUGCCAAACCGUUGCCCAUAACAUUCUUUUGGAUCGCGUUUCAGUACUUGUUUCUUGGAUCAGCCGAUCUUUUCACACUAGCAGGGCUUCUCGAAUUCUGUUUCUCCGAAGCACCGGUCAGUAUGAGGUCGUUGGCAACAUCCCUCUCAUGGGCUUCUUUAGCCAUAGGAUACUAUCUUAGCUCAGUGAUAGUGUCUAUCGUCAAUCGUGUAACGGACAUUUCAAUGCACAAACCAUGGCUCUCGGGUGGAAACUUGAAUCACUACCAUUUGGAGAGAUUCUACUGGCUAAUGUGCCUACUCAGUGUAUUAAACUUCAUGCACUACUUGUUCUGGGCUACAAAAUAUAAGUAUAGAUCAGUAUGGUCUAGUAGAUAAACAACAAUGUUCAGAAGUCAAAUGUGUCUGUUUCUACAACUCAACUGAUAUGUCAGCAUUGCUGUGCAAGUUCAUUGAAAAGAACUUGUGGAGUGUUAACAGAGGAAGAUAUUUAUGUGGUCU